AUGGCGGCCAUUUCUUCUCUCUUCCUUGUUUUCACUCUCUUCAUCGUUUCUCUUCUCACCAUCUUGGCUUUGAUCGUACGGCCUAGACCCGUCAAGAUCCCGGGUGGUGGAUCAAGCGGCAUAGGACUCGCUCUAGCUCACCUCUCCGCCUCCGAGGGAGCUGGAGUCUCCAUCUUCGCACGCUCCCUCUCUAAGCUUGCCGAUGCCAAACGAUCUAUCAGGCUAGCAACCGGCGUCGAGGUCGCCACGUUCUCUGCCGACGUUCGAGAUUACGACGCCGUUUCCAAAUCGGUUCACCAAUCUGGUCCCAUCGAUGUUUUGAUCGUCAACCAAGGCGUGUUUAUAGGAAAGGAGCUGGAGAAACAGAGUACGGAGGAAGUCAAGUUUAUGAUUGAUGUCAAUCUUGUGGGAAGCUGGUCAGGUUCGUUUUGUUAUCUCCAUAGACCUCAGAGUAGAUCAAGAACUUUUGUUUUGUGAUUGAUUGCCUUUGUGUGUUUUGUUUGACUUUUUCAGGCAGGAAUCUAUGGUUACACUGCAUACUCAGCGAGCAAGUUUGGGCUUCAGGGCUUAGCGCAAGCGUUGCAGCAAGAAGUUAUAUCUCAUGACAUUCAUGUGUCUCUUCUGUUUCCUCCAGACACUGACACACCAGGGUUUGAAGAAGAACAGAAGAAGAGGCCAGAGCUCACUUCCAUCAUAGCUUCAUCUUCAGGUUCAAUGAAAACCAGAGAAGUAGCCAAGAUAUGUCUCGAUGGUAUCAAGUCAGGAAAGUUCACGGCGACGUGCCAUUUCAUUGGGUACUUACUGUCUAUUGCGACCAGUGGCGUGUCUCCUCAGAGAUCGUUUUGGCAUGCUUUCAUGGAAGUUAUGUUCGGUGGUUUCGUUGGUUUGUUUUUCCAAUGGGGUUGGUAUAACACUAUAGCAAAGUGGAGCAAUACAAAAAAAAAGGCCAAUAGCAAAUUAGCUUGAGCUCAUCAAAGAUCAUGAACAUGAGAUGUUAAUGUUCAGCUGCGAGGAACUUAUGUUGUAGGUACAGUUUUAAAAUUUGGCUGUACAUAAACUUUGCAUAUUUGCCUUUGUUUUCCUCCAUUUUUUUUUCAUAACCACCAAUACAGGUGAGUCAAAAUACCACCAGCUUAAUACGUAUUAUAAAUUACAUGGAAAUAUUAUAUGAG